GCUAUCCCACCACCACCACCCCCCUCCUCGACGCGCCACCAGGCCAGCCAUGGUGCUUCGCAAGUCGGGCGAGAACGACGGCCUCGUGCCAGCGCCCCUCUCCAAAGCAAACCCGCCAUAUCCAACAUCGCCGGCCGAGGACUACAUCCCCGUGCUCCCCUCGACGUCGGACAGCGCCGUGCACCCGCCACAUGGCUCCAAGUCGGCCGCCUUCAACAUCAAGACGCCAGAAGCCACGGCGCCGCCCAAGCCUGGACAUGACGACGAUUCAGACCUCAGCGACGACGAGUGGAACCAGACCGACGACGACUUCGACGACGUCGACCCGCACCAGGUCCCUGCUGCCUUGAAGCCUGCGGGGGGCAAGAGACCGCCUGUGCCCAAGACAUCGCACAUCAUCGACGGCCUCCCGGAAGCCUUGCGACCAGGCCCGCCGCCCGGUGUGCCCAUCAAGAGGUCCAUGGAGAACAUAUCGCCCAUGCAUACCGGCGCCACCCCUGCCUCGUAUGGCGCGGCCAGCACCGUCUCGGAGCAGUCCAACGCAUCCAUGCCGCUACAGACUAACAACCCGUACUUGAAGAUGCAGACCACCGGCCAAAGCCACAUGGGCGGCGAGAGCAGCGCAUCCAUCUGGGGCGAUGCGCCAAGCACCGCGCAAAAGUACGAUGCUCCUGCUCCAAUCGAGCUGCCAGCCUUCCGCACGCCAACUACACCUUCCCACGAGAUGCGCAGCCUCAUCCUCGACGACCAUGCGCCGCCCGCCCAGCCGCCCGCCCCCACCUACGAGCCGCCCGCCAUUGCUGUCAAGGCGCCCACUCCGCAAUCCGACCAUGCCAAUACCCUGAUCGACGUAAACCCUUGGGAGUCUGGGUCCGAACAAGGACGCAGCCAUCACACGCCCUGGUCUGCCCCCGAAGCCAAUGCCAAUGCCAAUGCCAGUGCUAGCGACGCAGCCUCCAACGCAACACCCCCCUCAAAUGUUUCAGAGAAUAUCCACCCUGUCCGGCUAACGCCGCCGGCACCUCAAUACACUCCUGCGCAGACACCCCCAACCUUGGAAGAGCCGGCGCCAGCGUUACCACCGAGAAGAUCACAUGAAGAGAUUGCCCCUGCUAUGCCUCCAAGACCCAUUGACACCGGUGUUGGCUCUUCCGUUGCACCAGCCCUGGAGUCGCCCGACAGUGCAAUGAACCGACAGAGAAAAGAGCACUAUCAGAUAAAGCACGUUCGCUGGCUCGACCCCAGCACUCAGGGAAUGCGUGUCUCGCCUAUUCUCACCCAGAACCUGAAUGGACCAUGUCCAUUGCUCGCUCUGGUGAAUGCGCUUGUUCUCUCUACCCCCGCAAAACUUGAGACUGCCUUGGUCGAAACACUACGCACGCGCGAAACAGUCAGCCUGGGACUGUUGCUAGAUGCUGUCUUCGAAGAGCUCAUGUCAGGAAGACGAGGUGAUGCCGCUCAGGAAUUGCCGGAUGUCAGCGAGCUCUACAAGUUCCUCCUUGCUUUACACACUGGCCUCAACGUCAACCCCAUGUUUGUCCCAGACACAGAAUCUGCCGCCAGCCAUAGUACACUUACCAACCGAGCUGGAGCUUUUGAAAACACCCGGGAUAUGAAGUUUUAUCGGACCUUCAACAUUCCUUUGAUGCACGGAUGGUUGCCAGAAGCUGGUACAGAUGCCUUUGUCGCCUUCAACCGUGUGGCUCCUUCAUAUGAAGCAUCGCAGCUUGUCCAGUUCCAGGAAGAGGAGCUCAAUGCAAAGCUGAAUGCAGGUGAUUCGUUGAAUGAAGAGGAACAACAACUGUUUACCGACAUACAUGCCAUUAAGGAGUUCCUGAUGAGGUGGCCCACACAACUAACGGACCACGGUUUAACGGUUAUCAGAGAAAACAUUCAGCCUGGCCAAGUCGCUAUUCUCUUCAGAAAUGACCACUUCUCUACGCUCUGCAAGAACCCUCGCAACGGCCAGCUUGUGACUCUUGUCACUGAUCAAGGAUACUCUUCUCAUGAUGAGAUUGUGUGGGAGUCACUCACCGAUGUCAAUGGGCAGGGAAGUCAACUUUUCUCAGGCGACUUCCGCUCCGUCGACAACAGCAAUUCAUCAACAGGACUGCAGGAUCGACAGUCCGACAGCUUGGUUGACGUUGACGAUAACCAAGGAUGGACCACAGUACAAGGGCGUCGAGGCAACCAACAGCCAUCAGGUGGAGCUGGCGCUGGUGCACAAGAUGAGACCACUUCACCCAGUGGCCUCAGCAGAGCUGAGCAAGAGGAUCAUGAUCUUGCGCUAGCGCUACAGCUGCAAGAGGAAGAAGAGGACAGGCAAAGACGUGAAGAUGAGCAGCGCGCCAGAAACAGUCAGGCGCCACAACCUGACGACCGCCGUUCGUCUCAGACCGUCCAACCUCCAGUCAUCCCCCCACGCCGCAACAACAUCACCGGUCACCGCCCGAAUGCCGAGCCUGCGCCCCCGCCAACAUAUGAGGAAGCAUCGACAGCACCACGAUACAAUCCUCCGGCAGGCCAUCCUGCAAGCCCCCAGGCGCCAAUGCAUCCAUACCAGAGUACCACUGGUGGUCUUCCACCUCCCCCAGGCUCCAUGAUGGGCCGACCUGGGCGCCCAAUGGGCCAGCCGAACAAUGCCCCCGGCCGGCCUGGUGGAAGACCAAGUGGAGACACCAACGGGGCAGCGGGGCCGAAUGGGGCCGAGCAAAAGGACAAGUGCGUUGUCAUGUAGAUGUGCACUCGAUCCCUUUCCAAACUAUGUAUUUUGUACAUGGCAUACUGACAUGGCCCCACGGGGCGUUUAGGGAGACAUAUGAUGCACCGUGCCAUCGGUGCGUCGUCUGUUAGUCUUUAGGGUUGCAAACGGGGCGUUUGGGUCAAUAUACCCUCUUUUUAUCUUAUCCUCGCGUCAAACUUAUUGGACGCAUCGUGUUGGAAUCUGGUGGUUCUGCUGUGAAUGGGUUUGCGUUUAGUCAAGAUUGCUUCAUUCUAUACACUGAAUAGAAAUUACUAUCCGUUUUAC